CGUCUACCAAAUCGGAAGAAAGAACAGAACAUCAAUCUCAAAUUCAUUUCAAGCGUCUAAAGCAGAACUCAUAUAUCACUUUAUUGAUGAGUCUAGUAGUGUGGGACUGGGGAUGAAACGCCGCAGCCGACUGACUUUUAAAAGCUUCGAGUCAGGCCUUGAAUUAUUAAAAAUAAACGACAAUGUAUAAUUCGUCGUAAUCAAAUAAGUAAUCCUCCAUGUUUACAAUACUUGACAAUGUUUUUCGAGUUCAGUCCAAAAAAAUAUAUUUGAAGAAAAAUGAUAUGCCUGGAAAUUCUGGUGACUCUUGAGAGUUUCCUGUUCUCAUACAAGCAACAUUGCUGCCUAUUUAAAAAAAUAUACUUAUUAGCUCUAAAAUGAGUGUAAUUACUACGUCCGAGAAGAAACGCUUGCAAUCUUUGAAGGAGAAGAAACAGGCAUUCAAAGCAAAGGGACAAUUUAUACAGCAAGCAUUAAAGAACUUAGAUAAUACUACAAACAAUAAAAAAAUUAUAUUUGAUGAUGUUAAUGAACAGCAAGAUGUAAAACGAAAGAAAAAAAUAAAGAGAGAUUUGUUUGACAGUGACGAUGACAAUAACAAUGAAAAGGAUUCUUUAUGGAAUGAAGAUGAAUUUAAAGUUAAGAAAUGUAAAAAGACUACUCUUGGAAAUGAUGCACGUUUUAUUCUGGAUGAUCGUUUCAUAGAAGAUGACAAUCAGACUAAGGAAAGUAAAGUUGUUGAGGAUACCGAUGAGUAUAAUUUGCAGAAGGAGAAGGAAAAACAAUUAGAUAUUUUAGAAGGCAUUUUAGGAACACCACUUACCAUAAAAAAUCUGGAAACAAAAUCUACUAAGAAAGAAUUGAUGAUACGAUAUGAUCCAACUGAAAAUGAACAUUGUGAAUAUGAAGUAAAAUCUGUUCAACCAGAAACUAAGGAAAAAAGUACCAAAAAAAAGAAACGUAAUAAAUCCAUGUCAGAAAUUACAGAUUCUGCAAUUCCCGAACCAGAAGUGUCAAAGGAUAUUUAUUAUACUGUAUCUGAUACUCUGACAGAAAGCUUGAAACAGAAAGAAGGAUUUAGUUUAUUAAAAUUACAUGGAAAGGAAAGAAAUGACACAGUUUCAGAAAAUAUCAAGAAUAAUGAUACAUCCAUAGUGGAAAAUAUUAAAGCCCAACAUUUUAAAUUUAAUUUUAAUGCAAAUAAUGCAUUUAAAUAUGAUUCAUCUGAUGAAGAAAAUACAUCUAAAGCACCAGAUAUAAAUAAUCAAAUGGUUGACGAAACUAAAGAAGGUAUUCAAGAAAAAAUCCUGUUUGGCCAUAAAGAUACUCUAUUUUUUGAUAGCAAUGAUAUAAGAUUUAAUGAAGCUGUCAAAUUCUUCAGUACAGAAGCUGCUUCAAAUGAUACACUUAAUAAUUUAAGACGUGAAUUAAAAACAAUUGUACGCAUGAAAAUUCGUAAUAAUAUAAGGAGACAUCAGCCCUACGGUAAGAAAAGAAAAAUAAAAAAAUCUCAAUAAUAUUUUUUUAUUCUCUUUGAAUAUUUAUAUUUGAAAAAGAUAUAGUAAAUAAAUAUAAAACUAAAAUUAUAAAUAUAAAAAAUAUAUAAAUGUAUAAAAAUAGAUUUAUUACAUUAUAAAUACACACAUACAUCACGAAUUUAUUAUA